AUGGAAGAAUUAAAUAUUCAAAAUGAAGGAUCUGAAGUAUUACAAGACAAGGAAUUUGAAGGAUCUGAAGCACUACAAGAUAAGGAAUUUGAAGCAUUAUUAGAAUAUGAUAGUACAGAAGAUUUUCCCGAUAUAGAUAAUUGGGAUCAUGUUUCAAAUUUCAUGAAAAAAUACACCGCUACUAAAGAUCAUGGAAUGCGAAUUGGUGGUGCAAAGUCCAAUCGGACAGCACUUAUGGAGAAACAGCAUUCAAAUACGUUCUUAUAUAGAAUCGGGUGUUUGUGGAAGCAUACUGGUCAUGAACUUCACCCAUUAGCAGUUCGAUUUGUUUCAACAUUGUGCAAACUACCAGAGGAAUUCAUUGAAGAAAUUCAUUUUUUAACUGUCGUUGCCAAAGCAAAUGCAACCAUUCAAUAUAGAGUUAUUAGAGAAAAGUUCAAUAUGAGAAUUAUCUGA